CAGCACUCAGGCUUCCCUUCCCAGGUCUGAGCUGCAGAGGAGAGAAGCAGAAGCCGGCAGAGGCAAGUUUUUACUUGCUGAGCCAGAUCCAGUUCUAACCUUCUUUGCAGCUCCCAGCCCACCUCAGGAACGUGACUGGGGGCGGAGGAGGAAGGAGCAGCGGCAGUAGGCCCUUCCCAAGGACACCGUCUGAGUACAAGAGAGCUCUCCUCAGCUUACGGAAGCCCCUGGACUGCACCAGAAGAGCCCCACUUCCAGGGGCAGGAGGGGGGGGGAGAAACUUCAUGCUGACAAAGCCAUUAUGAGGGAUUCUGUUCAGAUGGUGACCCUGUGGGGAAAACAAGCCCCUCCCCACAGCAUCACAGCUAUCCUCAUCACAGAUGACCAGAGAACAAUUGUCACAGGGAGUCAUGAAGGCCAAGUCUGUCUUUGGGACCUGUUGCCAGACCUCCAGAUGUCAUCAAGGCAGAUGCUUUUGGGGCACACGGCAUCAGUGACGUGUUUGGCGAAGGCAAGAGAUUUUGAGAAGCAACUGUAUGUGGUCAGUGCUACUGAGAACGGGGAGAUGAGCAUUUGGGACAUCACCAGUGGACGGUGUGUAGAGAAUGCAAGGCUUCCAUUUCGGCACACAGCCAUCUGUUAUUACCACAGCUCAUUUCGGAUGGCAGGAGAGGGCUGGCUGGUCUGUUGUGGGCAGUAUAACGACAUCCUCAUUAUUGAUGCGAGAACCCUAGUUGUGCUUCACACAUUAACCUCUUCUUCCUCUUCAGACUGGAUCAGCUGCAUGUGUUUAGUGCAUUCUCUGAGGAUUCAAGAGGAUUCUUUAUUAGCCGUAUCUGCAGCAGGAGACCUUAAAGUCUGGGAUUUGUCAUCUUCAAUCAGCAAGAUACAGGAGAAGCAAAACAUUUUUGAGAGAGAAUACCAGCCUCUGGGCUGCACACUCUGCACUGCAAUCCGAUUUUGCACUUAUACGGAGAGGCUUCUCUUAGUUGUAUUCUCCAGCUGCUGGAAGGUGUAUGAUUACUGUGACUUUUGCUUGCUGUGGACUGAGUUUAGCCCAAGCAGCCAGACCUUGGCAGGAGGGGAAAUCCUCGCUGCCCAUAGGUUGAUCAUUUGGACAGAAGAUGGGCAUGGCUACAUCUAUCAACUGGUGAACAGUGGCCUUUCACGGAGCAUCCAGCCAUCCAAAGGAAGGGUGCUGAAAGAAACAGUUCAUCCUGUUUUACUCUCUUCUACUGAGGUGCAAGGCAACAAAAGUUUUUCUUACAUCAUGGGCUUCAUGAACGAAAGGAAGGAACCCUUUUAUAAGAUUCUUUAUUCUGGACAAGCUUCUGGGAGGAUUACUUUAUGGCAUGUUCCUGAUGUGCCUGUUUCAACUCUAGAUGGCUCUCCAAAAGUGAUCCCAGUAGCAGCAUCCAGAACUCUGCAGGAUAACUUUAACAUCUACCCUGAUCACCCCUGGGGAGCUCCCAUCACAGUUUCUACAUACAUUCCCAGCCUCCAGAAGUUGGUCUGUGGAUAUAAAGACGGAAGAAUUAUCACAGUCCCAGCUUUGCAUGCUGCGAAGGCCAGACUGUUGGGAGAAGGUUCCGUGCAGAAAGACGCCGCUGCACCCCACGUGCUGAGUGGCGCCGGCCACAGCAGCGUGACAGCCCUGCUGGUGCUGCCCGGCCGGCCAGCACCCUGCUGGUUGCUCUCUGGGAGCCGGGAUUCCUGUGUCAUCUGGUGGGACAUCUUCACCGGGGAGGCACUGCACCGCUUCGCGCUGGACGCAGGGCCCAUUGCCCGCCUGCUCCUCUCGCCGGACAGCUGCAGGUGGAAAGGUCACAGCCUCGUAUGCUGCAUGUGUAGCGACCACUCAGUCAUUCUUUUGCACGUGCAAGAGCGUGCCUGUCUUAUGCGUGCCAGGAAACACCUUUUUCCCGUGACGGCAUUACGAUGGCACCCCGUGGAGAAUCUGCUGGUCGUAGGGUGUGAAAAUGAUUCAGUCUACGUUUGGGACAUUGAAACAGGAAGUCUAGAGCGCCACGAAAGUGGGGAGACGGCCAAAGCAAUCCUUGCUUCCUGUGAAGAUUCUGGUCUUAUGGCUGAUCCUCUUUAUGCAGCCUGGGAAGAAGAUGGCCAGCAAGAGAAAGGUCUGGGUAGCUCAUUGUCCAGCUCCUCUGCCUUUGGCACUUUUUCCUGCAACAGGCUCGCUCAUCAAAGAAGGUCUUUUUGUCGUCAGUUAACUACUCUCUGCUGGGCUCAGGGGCCUUUUGCUGUUUGGCCAUUGAGGGCAACGUGGGAGAGCAUCAGUGUCAACGUGCUCCUUUUUGAUUUGGAAAAGCUGAUGGAAUUGCUCUGCUCCUCUCAGGCCAAUGGACUGAAGUCCUCCAAUUCCUUCAGUACCAUUGACACUUUAAAGAGAGCCAGAAAUGCAACAGAGAAAAGGGCAUUAAUGUUAAAGAGAAACAGAACUUCUGGAUCCCUCUCUCCAGUGGAUGGGCAAAUCAGAGCGGCUAGCGAAGAACAAGACUUUGGGAAGGUGCAUACAGGUGGAACCCUGGAACUAAGUGAUGGCAUCAAAAGACGCAAAAAAGCAAAGAGUUCCAAGAAGAUUAAAAGGCAGUCCUCUAGAAAAACCAGCCCAACUGUUGCCACGGAGGCAGCCAAACUCCUUUUGUCUUGUUUUUUCCCCUGGGGUGUGAACAGAGAGUUGGAUGGUCUUUGUGUUCAGUAUUUAGGUAUCUUGAGACUUUUCUCUCCUGUCUCCUUUGGACUGCUUUCAAAAAACUAUCUUACUCUGAUGUUACCAGGAUGGAACAGUGCUAACCCUGAGAGGAUGGAAAAGCAGCAGGAGGUAGUCAAUCUAUUUUCUAGCAAAGUGCUGCAUUUACACAGUAAAUACUAUAGUGUAACCCAAGAGCAAGCAGGCAAGAAGAAUGGAUGGAAAAAUACUGUUACGUCUCCAGAGCAAAGGCUAGUUUUGGCUUAUUUGUUGAGCAGGAUGUCUUUAGUUCAAAGGAUAAUUAACAGGCCUUCUGAAAAGACUAGCCUCAUGAAGUGCAACAAAUGGAGACCUGCAGCAUCUCUGGUCUUGGAUGAUCUUAACCUAGAGUCUUCUCCACACAUGUUGAGGUUUCCUGUUUGUGAGGCAGAUAAUCAUUCAUUUGUCAAGCUAAUUUCUUGCUGGAGAGACCAAUCCGUAGAGGUGAUGGAGGCCACUCAGGCAACUUUGCUGGCUGAAGUGGAACAGACCAUGCAGCAGAAGACCUUGACUGGAGGCUGUGGGCAAACAAAUUCUACCAGAUGGGGGCCAGAGGGGGCCAAGAACCCCCCUUCACUGGAUACCAUGGGCAUGAUCAAGUGUGAGAGCUGCAUAACCACACCAAAUGCUGAAGAUGGGGAAGGUUCUACAGAGGAACUGGGGAUUUCAGGUGUAAACAAGCCACUUCCUUGGAUAUCCAAACUGUGUUCCUGCAAGGUGUGUUAGAAGAGUGGUUGAAUUUCCCCAUGAGAAAAAUUGUUGCAGACAUAGAAUUGUCUCCACUAUGCUUGGCUGAUGCUGGCGAAAACCUCAGAAAACAAAUAUAUAUAUAUAGGUC